AUGGGCACCCUGAUUCUCAACAAGAUCCGAGAGGAGUUCCCAGACAGCAUCAUGAACACCUUCAGUGUCAUGCCCUUGCCCAAGAUGUUGGACACUGGCACCUUAGACUCAUUGGUGGAAAAUGCAGAUGAAACAUUCUGCAUUGACAACGAGGCCCUGUAUGACAUCUGCUUUUGCACCCUGAAGCUGCCCAUGCCCACCUAUGGAGACCUGAACCACCUGGUGUUGGCUACCAUGAGCAAGGUCACCACCUGCCUGUGCUUCCCUGCCCAGCUGAAUGCAGACCUGCGCAAGCUGGCUGUGAACACGGUGUCCUUCCCCUGCCUGCACUUCUUCAUGCCUGGCCUUGCAUCCCUGACUAGCCGUGUCAGCCAGCAGUACAAUGCUCUUCCAGUGCCCAAGCUCACCCAGCAGAUGUGUGACACCAAGAACACGAUAGUCACCUGUGAUCCCCGCCAUGGCUGCUACCUGAUAGCGGCUGCCAUCUUCCGAGGCCUCAUGUCCAUGAAGGAGGUGGAUGAGCAGAUGCUCAACUUGCAGAACAAGAACAGCAGCUACUUUGCAGACUGGAUCCCCAACAACGUGAAGACACUUGUGUGUGACAUCCCCCCACAUGGCCUCACGAUGUUGGCCUCAGUCAUUGGCAACAACACGGCCAUCCAGGAACCCUUCAAGCACACCUCAGAGCAGUUCAGUGCCAUGUUGCAGCACAAGAUAUUCUUGCACUGGUAUACAGGCGAGGGCAUCGAUGAGACGGAGUUCACUGAGGCUGAGAGCAACAUCAACGACCCAGUGUCCAAAUACCAGCAAUGCAAAGAUGCCACUGCUGAUGAACAGGGGGAAUUUGAAGAAGUCUUGUGGAAGAAGAGGUUUAAGACUUCCCAUUGCUAG